UCAUGAUUGCAAAAACCUUCCUCAACCAAAAACAGAAGUUGUUCUUAUCAGACUUACAGAUGCGCUGUGGAUUAAUUUCAGCAGUACUUCUCUUUGUGCAAGUCAGACAGAACCCAACAGAGUGACUGUUACCAUGGCGGAGGAGGAGGUUAACUACGCUUUGGUUGUAUUCAAAAGUAACAAACAUCCUCCAACCCAAGCUAGAAAGGAGGAGGAAACUGUGUACGCUGAAGUGAAGGUGCAAAGCGAAACAAAUGAACCAACUGCUGACACAAACACAGGAGUUUUGCUAGUCAAGAAUGCAAACAACAGACGUGGCCAGUAUCAGCAGCUGGCCUGUUGUUUGGGGAUUCUUUGUGUCAUUCUGCUGUUGGGCAUCAUAGCAGUCGUCGUCGUCUACCACCUUGCUACAUUAAGUCAUCAGAGUGAUGAAAGUGAGCUGAUGGCUGCCAAUCGCAACCUGACAAACCUCAACAACAAACUCAGCUUAGACAUUGAAAAGACGAUGAGGGACAACAACAAUCUGACAGUCCAGCUGGGGAACCUGACAAACCUCAACAACAAACUCAGCUUAGACAAUGAAAACUUGAGGAGGGACAACAACAAUCUGACAGUCCAGUUGGGCAACCUGACACAAAACUAUACUGUCUUAGAAAGUAAGAUCACAAACCUGACUGCAGACGUCCAGAACCUGACAACACAAAACCUGCAGCUGAACUCACGAAACCAGGAGCUGGAGACACAGAGGAAGAACUUAACAGAACGAAUACAAGACAUGGAGACAAACUGGAAUAAACUCAACGUCAGUCGAGUUCAGUGGAGCAUUGAUGUCUACUGCCCCAAAACAAAUAACGUGAGACAGUGUAAAGGUUGUCAGAAUGGCUGGGAACUCAGUGGGUCUAACUGCUAUGUGUAUCAUAACGCUGCUCCUGCUGAUCAGAAAACCUGGGAAGAAGCUCAACAAGUCUGCAGAGGAAAGAGUUCAGAUUUGGUUGUUGUACAUAGUCAAGAGGAAAAGACUGCACUCAAUAAAUACAGCUGGGGUAGUUCAGUAACCCUUGGAUACUGGUUUGGCCUGAGAGCUGAAGGUGGGAGAUGGAAGUGGAUUGAUGGAAGUAAUCUGACUGAAAGCUACUGGACACCACAACCUCCUCCUACUGCUACUGAUGGUCAGUGUGUAAUGUCUGUCCAGAACGUAGGAUGGAGAUCAGUGAACUGUACUGAGAAAAAACAAUGGAUCUGCGAAAUGAAGGCUUUAUCUGUUUAAACACUGCAGUCAGACUCUGCAUGAUAAUAUCAACUGGCUUAUAAAUAUCAAUCAUCUUCUACUUCACAAUUUAAAUGUUUUGUCUUCAGAACUAAAAAUGUUCACGGAAUUUAUUUUUAUAGAAAAAGAAAAGAAAUAUUUACAGUGAAUUAUUUUGUAAAGCUGUUUGUGUGUCUCGUUUAAAAAAAAAACAACAGACACUUAGAUUUGAAUACAUUUAGAUAUUUGAUUAUAUAGGUAUGCUAAUGUAAGUCUGUGAAACAUACAGUGACUAGACUGAAGGGACACUGUUAUCAUUGAUACCUGUUGAAUGAGCUUUUG